AUGCCUGCUAAGCAGCAAGCGAAGAGCUCAAAGAAAGAUCCCAAGGCUUCAAAGCCAAAGAAGGACGGUGCUGGCAAAGCCAAGAAGAAGAAGUGGUCUAAGGGAAAGGUACGGGACAAGUUGAACAAUGCUUGCUUGUUCGACAAAGCUACCUAUGACAAAUUCGUUAAGGAGAUCCCUCAAAGUCGCUUAAUCACUCCAUCCUCUGUAUCAGAACGUAUGAAGAUCCGUGUUUCGCUAGCCCGUGCUGGCCUUCAGGAAUUAGUGAAACAAGGAGUUCUUCGUCAAAUUUCAAGCCAUCACGCUCAGCAAAUUUAUGUAGCGCAAAGAUAUUGCGUUGAAACACCGGAUCUAUUUUUGGUUCCUUACGAGGUAGGACAUGUGCCCAAAUACCAUGUGUGGAUGGAAUGGGAGGAGCUACUUAAGCUAACAGCUUCUGAGCCACUUACAUUGAAAGAGGAAUAUGAGCAACAGCAGAAUUGGCUGGUAAAGGAUGAUCGCGUAACAUUUAUCAUUUUGGAAAAAUCCAAAUUACCCAGGCAUGAUUCGUCUGGCCUUAAACCGAUUAGUGAACUUGAAUUUCCCUCACUUAAGUCUUCUUUAAGCGAAUAUCCAGUUAGUAAUGUGUGCGACGCUGAAGUGAAUGCGAUGAUUGGCGAUGUUAAUUUCUAUCUAAUCCCUGAUCUUAAUUCAGAUGCCGAGAAUGUAUUUGAAGGGGAAUUAUCGGUGAUGAUUGCUGAACCUUCUUCACGGGGUAAAGGGCUGGCUGCCCAAGCUUUAGGUGGUGUUCUUUUCUAUGUUGAACACCUUUUUCCCCACCACGUGACGGGUGUUGUAGCAAAGAUCUCUUUGGAUAAUGAAAUUAGUUUGAGGUUCUUUGAGAAUAAACUCGGUUUUGUUGUCAGAAAGAGAAACACUUGUUUUAAUGAAGUUGAAUUAGUUUGCCCAUUAUCGGAAACAGGAGGUUCUGCGGUCGUUCAAGCUGCUGAGAAGGUGAUUGCUCCAUUACGAAACUCCGGAAUAGAGUGGAUAUUUCGAAUAUACAAUAUCUGUCAAUUUAGGUCAUGCUUAUUUACCUAA